AUGGCGGCUGGCGGUAGAGAAGCGGGGGGGUCGAGCAAGAAGAGGGAACCCAAGGCUUUCAAGCCGAAGCUGUCGUUCUUCGAUCUGCCGGAUGAGAUUCGCAGUCUGGUCUGCGAGCAGGCGGGAGCGUUGACACAGGAGCUGGACAAGAUUCUGGGGAGCGAACGGGUGCGAGCUACGGGUGUCUUUCGAACCGGCGCGGAGAUCGAGAGCUUGUCGUCGGUGUGCUGUCUGGUGGGCGAGAUCUUGUCUGGGCGGAGACCUUGCGGAGUGCCAACGGCCUUGGAGCUCCAAGAUCACACCGCCUCUUUGGAUGUGAACGAUGAGAGUUGUCCCUGCUGCUCGGCCGGGAAGCUACUCGACCUGGAUGGAGAGGUGCUGAGGAGUUUUCCUGAUGGCGGGGAGGAUUUGCAUGUUGAUGAUGGGAUUCAGAGAUUUGCGCUGAAGGCUGUCGUGGACGAGGCGGAGAAGGUGCUUGCGGCGUUGGAUGCUCUGAUUCUCUCGGGGGAGGGUGGCGGCUCGCCUUCGCCUGUUGUGCUGAGGAGAUCGAGCAGUUUGCAGAGUAUGGCUCGGCAGGUUAGCUCUGGACUUAAGCGGCUGGCGAAGAUGUCCAAAGGGAUGAAAUGGCGGAAGAGGAGGUCGAAGCAUCCAUGGACGAAGCUGUAG